AUGAACCUGCCACCGCUCGAGCUUACAGAGAAAGCUGAUCAAAUGGGUUCGGCAGGAGCGAGAGCUUGCCCUGUGUGCAUAGACUCUUUAACGCUAGAGCUCAAGGUAUUCAACGAAUCAGCUACAACCAACAUCCUUGUGGAUGAUCUGAAAGGCAAGGUAUGGGAUUAUAUGCCAGUCCGUCACCUUCCCAAUGAGCUGACGAUAGCUGACGUCACAUCCGGUCUUCGGAGGUCUCACGGUUUUGUACAAUUUCCAGGCGUUAAUCAACAUCUUUCGAUCGAGAGUACUAGAUGGGAGAGCUUCUCCAUUUAUAACUCCGAGAUAAGUCCUAGGAUCGAUUAUCUUCCUGGUGCGGGUCCUUAUCUCACAGUGGGCUUGGAGGGCCCACCCGAAAACCCCGAUGUCGUACCAUAUUUUCUUAACGACAGUCGUAUAGCACAUUGCAGCUGCGUCUUUGGAGGGGUGCUUUACGUUGUGCCACAGCACUUACUUACUCGCGAACUGAGAAGAUUCCAUAUCUCCAAGCGCGAACUCCUGGCACCUAUUCGGCUGCCAUGGGAAAUUGAAGGGGUCGCUGUUGCCGAUAAUAAUAUCUUCAUCAUCUCCGGUAGAGGCGACUUCAGCGUCUAUAUACUGUAUGACUCCCCUGGGACAUCUGAUAUCUUGGCGAACCCCAGUAACGACACCGCUCAUCGAUUGUGCUAUGUUUCAUCACUUCCUCUUGAUGUGCGAAACCUCGUGGUAGAUGGGGUAUCAAUUGGCCUACUGGAUUCUCCCCGCGACGAGGCAACAUCACGACCAACAUUUGGUUUGUUCGGGAAUCAAAUGUCGAGCAUACUGGACGAGCGUGGUCUAGCACAGAUACUGGAGUUGAGGGAUGUGACUGCCGCCGAGGAGGAGGUUUCUCCACGGAGGUUGUUGUUCACUGCUCGCUUUGCUGGUGAAAUAGAUGCCGAUCUUUGCGUUCAUUUCGUUGGUUCUUCGUUCGUUAGAGUGUUUGGUGGUUGUCCUGGGCAAGCAAGGUUUGUGCCAAACACUGGUGGAACUACUUGUGUUGGUCUCUGCCGAUUACACGCAGUUCUGUUAUCUUUUACUGAGGAGGGCUUCGCUACUCUCCUUGCCAAAGUAUUGAUAUGCUCGGUGGUGGUGGGUGAAAGACCUUACAAUCUAGUGGUCACCCGAGACUGGGAGAUAUUUGUUAAUGUGCAGCCCUCUAUUAUCGACUUCCCGGAGCUACCUAGAGCUGAAAAUGAUGAUGUUAUCCCGAUCACUGAGGAGAUUAGAUGUAUACGUUUGUGGGCGCAGCAUGAGUUCGAUCGUCGGCGUAAUAAGUUAACCUAA